GGAUUUGGAAAAGGCAGCAACCAUGUCUAAGUUCUGCUCCUUUGAAGAUGUGCAAAAGUUCCACGAGCUUACAUUCAAGUGGUCCGUUGCAUAUGACACAAAGAGUUUACCAACCCUAAUUGCGAUAACGGCCCCUCAGAUAGUGGUUGACUUCCGAGAUUUCCCUGCAAUCAAUGCCGUUCGCCAGUGUACUCCAAAGGAGUUUUUCAGCGAUAAUUUCAGUGAUGAGACCCUAGGCGAUAGGAGGCUACAGACUCAGCAUCUACUGGGUGCCUCGGUUUUCAAGCUUAUCAGCCAUGAUGAGGCAACUGGGAACUGGCAGAUCCGGGCCCGUCACGUCAGGACUUUUGCCAACGGGGAAACGGCUGAUUGGGAUGCCAGCUCAUUGAUGGAGUACCGGUAUGUCAAGAUCAAUGGAGAAUGGAAGAUAAGCGGCUGGAGACCCCAUACAGUUAUGGCUGCGACCGGGCGGCUUGAGGACGUAGUAGGUCGAUUCUAGAUCAGGCAUAGUUUUUACGUUCAUAUGUUUUGUUUUCGAUCAUGGUAAUAGAAG